AUGUCUGACGCUGAAGGAUUUGAGGUCGUCCAGCACGAUGAGUCGAUUCUCUCAGGCGAGGAGACCGCAGGCACUGCAGGUACUGGGUUGACUGAGUCCUCGCCCAAGUCUAGCAAUGGUGCUACCACGAAGCGAUCGGCUGCUACCACAACUGCUCGCCGCCCUGCCGGUACUGCCUCCAAGGGCACCGCCUCUUCGGCAGCUCGCGCCAGCGGCUCCCUGAGCAAGCCUCCCACCCGUCCUCCCGUCGGAACUGCUAUCAAGAAGCCCUCGGGCACCAUUGCCAAUCAUAGAUCCCAGCCGUCUGUAUCAGAGGAUGAGAAAAGAAGGUCUACCAUGACUUCUGCAGCACGUCGAACCUCGACUGUACCGAGUAGCUUAACCUCUUCGCCUGGAAGAGCUAACACAAAACCGGGAAUGUCUGGCACUACUACUGCAAGGAAGCCUUCGCCAGCAACCAGUACCAUCAGCUCAAGAUCCGGUACCACCACGAAGCCAGCAUCGUCCACAGGCCCCACAUCGACUCGAUCUCCGACGACUAGUCGGGCUGGUCUUGGUAGUAGCACAGAAGCGAGAAAACGAAUGUCUAGCGUUGCUGGGUCAAACAACUCUACAGCGAGACAUAUAGCUCGCCCAUCUACCUCUUCUACGGCCUCUGCAACGGCGAGAGAAAUUGAGGACUUGAAAACCAAGCUUGCCGAGAAAGAGUCAGAAGUUGAGUCAUUAAGAGAGCAGGCUGCUUCUUCUCAAGGCAAAGUGACCGAGCUCGAGGAAAAGAUAAAUUCUGCAACAAAUGGUGUCCAGGGCGCCAAUGAUGCUGCACACCAACACGAGGAGCUGUUGGAGUCUCUGAAGUCGACCCAUGCCUCUGAAAAGGAAACACUGCAUGCGCAGAUCGCUGAAGCCCUCGAGAAGCUCAAGGCCGCCGAGGAGCAAUUGGAGGCUCAUAAAAUGCAGCUAGCUGAGCUGACUACAUCUCAAGGUGGCAAGGACACCGAGAUUAAGAGUCUACAGAGUAAGCUUGAGUCCUUCCAACUUGACAAGGAAGCUGGCACCAAGGCGGCUGAGGAUCAUGCCACUGAGCUGGAAGAACUUCGAAAAUCGUUAGACGAACAGCAUCAAGCCGUCGUCGAGGCUCUCAAGGCCUCGCACGCAGCCGAACUUGAUGGAAGCAAAGCAUCUUCAUCCGAGCAUAACAAGGCCCUCGAGGAACUAAAAGCCGCCAAUGAAUCUCUACAAAAAAGGAUUGACGAGCUCACUUCUUCAACUGAGAACGAAGGCGCUGCUACCACCUCCAAGAUCUCGGCACUAGAAGCUGAACUAGCAGAACUCAAGGCUGCAGCCGAACAAGACAAGGCUGCGUUGGCGGCGUCGCAGGCAGAGUUGGAGGAGGUUAAGACCAAACUCGCAGAGGCCCUCGCUGCCGUCGAUGCUACAAAAGAGGAAUUGGCCAAGAUUCAGACCGAGUUUGCCACCUUGCAGGAGGAACUGGCACAGGCUAAGGAGAAUGCAUCUUCUGGCGCAGAUCUUGCCAGCCAAAUCAAAGAGAUGGAGGAGACAAUUGAAAGGUUGAGGCAAGAGCACAAGGUAUCCGAGGAAACACAUGAGAACCAACUAAAACAAGUCUCUCAAGACUACGAAACAGAAAUUGAAAGCCUGAAAGGUGACGCUUUCUUCAAGCGCAAAUUCCAGGUCCUCGAGGAGGAGCACAGUGAGCUGAGAUCUAAAUUUAACGAGUUGACUAGGACGCAUUCGACGGACGUUGAGAAGCACACGGAGGAGUUGACGGCUUCGAAGGCCGCACAUGAAGCUUCUAUCGAGGCUCUUUCUGCCAAGGAAGCAGAUCACCAAAAGGCGUUAGAUGCAUUGCAAGCCAGCCAUGCCAUGGAGCUAGAAAGUGUUAAGAGUGGCCUCUCCGCCGACAACGAGGCCCAACUAGCUGCACUCGAGUCCUUGAAGGCUAGCCAUGCGCAACAGAUCGAGAUUACCAAGGCGGAGAGUGAAGCAGCGCUCGCCAAGGAACUAGAGGCUAUCAAGGCAGCCCAUGCCGAAGCACUCGAGUCUCAGAAACAUGACUUGGAGACCUUGAUCGCCGAAUUGAAGAUUGCUCAUGCACAAGAGCUUGCCAAUAAGGAAUCUGCUGGUAGCGCCCAUACAGAGCAGUUAGAGGCAAUGAAGGCGACCCUCGGAGAAGUACAUGCAGAGCUCGAGAAAGUCAAGGCUAGCCACGCUGAAGAACUCGCCGCCAAGGAGGCUGACGCGAAUGCCCAAGCGGCCCAACUAGAAGCUAUGAAGGCGGCAGUUGAAGCCGCACAAGCGAAACUCCAGGAGGCUGAGGCUAGUCACGCAGCUGCUAUCGAGGCUGUCAAGGUAGAGAUCGAGGAUGCGCACGCGAUCGAAGUCGAGAAAUUAAUAACCAUGCAAUCCGAGGCCAUCGAAGCCGCGAAGAAUAACGCAUCCGGUGCCCACAAGGAAGCGCUUGAGGCUCUUGAAGUCAAGCAUGCCCAAGCGAUUGAGGACUUGACCAAGGAGCACGAAAGCAAACUCUCCGCCGUAGUUUCCGAUGUUGCCAAACACUCCGCUGCCGCCGCCGAACACGAGGCCGCCCUAGCCACUGCCAAAGAAUCCCUAUCCAAGCUCCAGGAGCAAACCGCGACCCUUGAAACCGAACUGGCCGAGGCCCAAACGAAGAACGCCGAGUUCGCUAAGAUCCAGGAAGAUUAUGAAGACUUGCACCAACGACUCGCAGAGGCUAAGAUGAACAAUGUGGAACUCAUGGCCGAACUCGACGCCCAGAAAAACUGUAAGCCAGACACGUCUCUCGUAGAUUCCCUAAAAACAGAACUCGAUGAAGUUCGAAAAUCCCAUGCCCAAGCUCAGGAAGCAACAGCCAAAGCCUUGGAUGAUCUGGAGCGAUUGCAGAAAGAUUCGAACACGACCAAGGCUGAGCUUGAUGCACUCAAAGAACAACUAGAGGCAGCUAAGCAAGAUGUCCUCAUUGCGCAAAAAGACCUCGAAGCACAUAAAAACGAUGCGGAUGCUAAGCUAAAAAACCAGGAAGCCGAUUAUAAGGACAUGUAUGACAAUCUCAGCACCAUAGCCGAAGAAGAGCAGAAGAAGAGAGAGAAAGUCGAAAAAGAUACUGCUGAGAUCAAAUCGAGAUGGGCGGAGAUGGAAGCACAGUUGAGGGUUAAGGACGCAGAAAUCGCCGAAGCACUCGCCAAGGUCGCAUCUCAGAUGACGGACAAGAAAGGCCUUGCGGCAAGUAGAUUUGCGGACAAUGGCAUCGAUUCGGAAGCUUCUGCGGCGGCAGGUGAGGAGCCUGAUCAUUCCUCGGCUGCGAUAAGCGCGGUGCGCAGUACCCCUUUAUUACCAAUUUCACUUGCUAGUGGCAAGACCCCUCGGAUUUCAAACAUAUUUACCAAUCUUGUCCGCUAA